CGCUGCGUAUAUGUCUUGAACGCGUGUGUCGCCACUGUUUUAAACAGCUGUUUGCGUUGCAGCUUGCCUUAACAACGGUCAACCCGGCGAGACAGGGCUAUCGCGUUUCGCACAGUUCGCGUACCUCGCACAGUUGUGAACCCUAUUUAGCACUGCACAGAGGUAUUGGGGGCGGAGGUGGCUCUCCAGACGUUUCGGUCACCACAUACCACAAUGUCUCGUUAUUGUCAGAACCUUGCGCUUUUAGUUAUUCUAGGAACAGUGCUAUGCUCAACUGGAGUCUAUUGCCAGGAGCAGCGCUCUGGUAGCCAGGACGGUGGCUUCAUCCUGGGUGCACAGGAACACCCUGGCAAUCGCGCAGCGCGCAAUUUACAGCAGAACACUGCAGCGCUGCAACUGCUUAAUGGUGCAAGCAGCUGCAUUUGGGACGGCGUGCAAUGCGCCAUCAACAGGAACUAUGUCGGAAAGCUGGUUCCAAUGCUAUCCAGCUCUUACCCGCCAACGACGGAGAGUGCCAAGACCCUGGUAGAUGCUUCGCUUCGCUGCGCCCUUUGCGCCAACUACACCGGCAAACCGGAGUGCCUCGCCGCUGCCACCGAGCACGGCUGCACCUGGGAUGACAUCACGAGCAGCUGCGGUUUGGACCGCCUGGUCGAUCCCAAUGCCCUUAGCGGCGUUGCCUACUGCCCUGGCAGCCGCAUGGACCUCCUGGUGAAGUGCGCCGCACUUACCCCCAGCGGCAUUAAUGCCUGCUUCUCCAGCUCCUACGGCUGCAGCAUGAUCUCAGGCGCAAUGCUUGGCGAUAGCGGCAGCAGCAGCAGCUCGGCUCCGGGGCUGGGCGGCAAGGUGUGGAACAUGAUUGCUGGCGCUCUUUCAUCAGUCGUCAAGCCUGGAGUCCUGGAUGCCGUACCCAUGGUUUCACAGCUGUACAACACGCUGAUGCAGUCCGCGGGCGGGCUGGUGGUAAACACCAUAAACAGCCAGCAGGUUUGCGUGGCCAACUGGCUGCUGGAGCAAUCCGCCAUGGAGGCGAUGUCACAGAUGAUAACGCACGCGGUCGAGACGGACCAAGACCUGCUCACCACCAUGAUGACUUCCGGCCUCAUGGGCAACUGCAACAUCACGAACCCCCUCAAGGAAAUGAUCAUGGCCUGCCCGACCGCAACCGAUUCCGCCACUUGCAGCGCCCUAAACGGCUGCAAAUGGAUUACCGUACAGUCCACGGGCGGUGCCACCGUUAGCAGCUGCGCCGUGGGGCCCAACAUGCUUCAGGCGCUGCUUUUGGACCCGAAUGACCCAUGGGUCGCUGCGCUGGACAAUGCAACCCGCACCUGCCAAGCGAUUGUGAAUGCUAGCACGUGCUUGGCGGCGGAGCCUGAGAAUGAUGCGAUCGAUGUGUUUAACGCGACCGUCAUUGAGAACGCAGUUUACAGCGCAACUUACAGCUAUAACUCUACUUAUAACUCUACUCGUAACUCUACUUAUUACUCUACUUAUAACUCUACUUACAACUCUACUUAUAACUCUACUCGUAACUCUACUUAUUCUUCAAAUGGUAGUGCUGGUGGCGUUAUCUCUCGUAACAGUUCAGUGGUGAACUGGGUGAACAGUUCAGUGGUCGACUGGGCGAACACCAUGUAUGAGAGCGGCUGGGACAGCAGCAAUGCGACGGGAGGGGCGCCCGUGCCCUCUGCGCUUUGGUCGAUGAUGCUGGGCGCGAUCCUGGCGCUGAUGUGGGGUGUUGUGCGUUGGUGAGGGGCUGGGGUCGUGGGUGACGUUUUCUGAGGUGGUGGGAUAAAGAGGAAACAACUAACUGACUGAGGGAUAAGGCGUCAACAUGGGUUGCAACAUGUGAGCCAGCCCGACCCGCCCAACCCGAAUUAGUGAAGCCAGUACGUGCACCAUCUGAGGUGGUGAGAUAGUGCUUUUAAGCUGUGCUAGGUUUGGUAUUACUGCCUGGAACUUGUUCAUUACGGUUUAUGGGAAGCGAGAGCUCCGUGCGUGAUCACCCUGUGUUGUGUAUUCUUUCCCUUUUGGUGCAUUGCGGCAGCGUUGUUGUUAAUGUCGUUGCAGGCGCGCCGAUCGCUGUUGCCGUUGUUGGUGAUGGUUGCGGUGGUUGCGGUUGUCCGGCAAAGCGGGGUUACAUGGGCAGUUGAAUGGGCAGUUGAAGCUUCAACAAGAAGCGAGGUGGGAAGUUGAUACAUACCUUUGGGUGCCGUACCAUGGGAUACGACUAGAUGUUGCUACCGCACAUGCGUGACCCACAAACUCGAUUUCUUAAUACUCGUGUACUUCAAUUGCAGUGUUGCGCGUAGUUGCGAAGGUUAAGGAGGGUGGGAUACACUCCCUCGCUUUCCGCCGGACAGUAAACGUCCUGAGUAUGUCCCGAGUACAUGCGGAGAUCCGGAAAGGACGACAGGAGGAGCACUUGCCGGAGGAGGAGGAAGAGCAUGAAAGGCAACCCUUUAUAAACUUAGUAUAUUACUGCCUGCUGUGUUUGAUAAGAGCGAGAGCGCUGCGAUCCGCUUUCUGUUGUGAUACCAACGGUUAUGUGUCUCCAAAAAAUCCAAAAAGAGUUGGUAGUAAUUGUUUACGAGAGCACUGUUCCCCCAGUGUGAUUCAUCUUUCCUUCCGCGGCCCCCCAUGUAUCAUGUUGGAAUUCCCGUACUGCCGAGUAUGGGGGUGGGCUAACCCCUGGUUCCCUCUUAUGCAUUUAGGAAUCCCGUUGGUGUUCUCGUUCUGAAGGCUGAGAAGUUAAGCUCAGUUGUAAUGAUUGGCUAGAGGUACUAACAUAGCCGACUAGAAUAAAUUCAGUUCUUCGUUUGCAAAUUGCUCGGGGUUUGGUGCGCGACGAAAGAAGUUGCUCAAGCAGAGGUACUGCGAAGCCUGGCCAAGAUGCUGUGGCUGUGGCCAAGCAAGUUGCCCAGUUCUCAACCCCGCCUUCAUCCUUUGUAACCCAUGUACAUGUGUUUUCAUAAACCCAUGUACGGCACUUCCUCUUGAUGUACGAUACAUCAUCUUGCUGAUUGGAGGCGUGUCUCUUUCUUUCGCGCUGUGUGUGUUGUGCUGUGAAGUGGAGGAGACUGCAUGACAUGGAACCCUGUUUUUGACAGAAAUCCCUAUUCAAAUGCGGAGACCUUCUCUCCAUUCCUGUUUGUGUCGCUGCUGUUGCAUUUGAGUAUAAAACUGUGGACACGUUACGACUGCUGCCCAGCAGUCGGUUGCCUCAAGCCUCGAGUUCCAAGCCCACACCCCGCCACCCGGUGCAUCGUAUAUACCGGUGGAAGGAACUGCAAGGAGGGGUAUGUACAGCAGGUUAUAUUUCCUGUA